GAUGGCUGUAAUCGAGUGAAAUGCAAUAUAUAAAUUGCGCAUCUUUCUCAUUAUUUAUGUCAAUCUUGAAGUUUCCACCCAGUAUCAGUAUGCGAGGUGUUCAUCCAACUAUCCAACACUCACUAUAAUCUCUCGACCAUACUCUUUACAAUAAUCUACCCACCACACUCUUUUUGAUUACUUCAACCUUAUCGUGUAUAGAUUCAGCAUUACACUUGACACAAUGCAUCUUUCAUCCCUUUUCGCUAUUUCCUCCGCUAUCACCACGGCUAUGGCUGGUUGGCCACUCACGGCAGAUUGUAAUAUCUACCCUAAGAUAGGCGACAAAUCCGUGGGUUGGGGUUCGGGUUUCAUGGGCAGUGUGGCCCAUGUCCGAAUCGAAAAAGUCGACUACGCUGUCGCCUUGUGGAAGCGUGUCUGCAAAGCUGUAAAACUCGAAGAACUACCUCCUGGAGUCGAAUUGUUUGCGGAGCCGAACACUCUUCGACGGAACCCGCAACCCGUCCAAAGACGGGGCCUUGUGGGCAGAGAACCGUUGGGAGGUCUCGAGUUGCAGGAGUAGCUGGACAAAGAAAACCUCGCACGGGAACAGUACUGCUAGGUUAGGUACCUUAGUCAAUCAGCAAUCAAUAAUACAGCUUGUUUGCACCAUA